UUUAUUUGGGUUUGAUUUCUCUCUGGAUCUGUGUGGAAGCUUUUCUAGGGUUUUCAUUUUCCCAGUUUUUCCUUCUGCUCCUCAGCUCCUGCCAUGAAGCUCACUGUCAAGACCUUGAAGGGAAGCCAUUUUGAGAUUAGGGUUCAGCCCUCCGAUACGGUUAUGGCGGUAAAGAAAAACAUUGAAGAUGUACAAGGAAAAGACAACUAUCCGUGUGGGCAACAAUUAUUGAUUCAUAAUGGAAAGGUCUUGAAAGAUGAAACUACACUGGUGGAGAACAAAGUUACAGAAGAUGGUUUUCUAGUGGUCAUGCUUAGCAAGAGUAAAUCCAUAGGAGCAACAGGGACCUCAUCUGCCCAGUCUGCAUCCACUCCUGCACCAGCUGCUAUUCCCACUCCUGCCCCAGCUCCUAUUCCCACUCCUGCUCCAGCUCCUAUUGCCACUCCUGCUCCAGCUCCUAUUGCCACUCCUGCUCCAGCUCCUAAUCCUACUGCUGCAGCUGAAGCUCCUGUAAAUGCACAGGCCCCAAGGAGCAUUUCUACAUCUGAGGUGGCAACAGAUAGUGUGCUUGCUGAUACCUAUGGUCAAGCUGCUUCAAAUAUAGUUUCUGCUAAUCAUCUUGAGCAAACUAUUCAACAAAUAAUGGAUAUAGGCGGUGGAACCUGGGACAAGGAAACUGUUACCCGUGCACUUCGAGCAGCUUACAACAAUCCAGAGCGAGCUGUGGAUUAUUUAUAUUCAGGGAUUCCAGAAGCAGCAGAAGUUGCCGUUCCAGUGGCUCAUUUCCCUGCAGAUCAAGAAACUGGUGGUAUUAAUUCAUCAACUGCAGCGGUUGCAGGGUCAGGUGCAGCACCUGCUGCACCUGCCUCUGGAGUACCUAAUUCUUCUCCCCUUAAUAUGUUUCCUCAGGAAACGCUUUCUGGUGCUGCUGCUGGUGGACUAGGAUCUCUUGAAUUUCUCAGAAACAACCAUCAGUUUCAAGCACUGCGUGCGAUGGUACAAGCAAACCCGCAAAUUUUACAGCCCAUGCUUCAGGAGCUUGGCAAGCAGAACCCUCAUCUUUUAAGAUUAAUUCAGGAGCACCAUGCAGAGUUUCUUCAGUUGAUCAAUGAACCUCUUGAAGGUUCUGAAGGGGAUAUAUUUGAUCAGCCUGAGCAAGAGUUGCCCCAUGCUAUCAAUGUUACUCCAGCAGAGCAGGAGGCUAUUGAGCGGCUUGAGGCAAUGGGAUUUGACAGAGCUCUUGUCAUUGAGGCAUUCUUAGCUUGUGAUCGAAAUGAAGAAUUGGCAGUCAACUAUCUGUUGGAGAAUGCUGGUGAUUAUGAGGACUGAAUGGUAUCCUUGAUUGAUAUCAUCAUUGACGUUCUUUGUGAGUUAUCCCGAAAGUUACACCUCACUGUUGGAAAUUCAAAGGAACUGUUUGUUCAUCUUCUAGUAUGUGGUUUUCACCCUUGUUGAUCGGGUGGUGUUUCAGUAGGUUCCCAUUGUUUGCCCAUGAGCGCGAGUGUUCAAAUUCUCCAAGAAAGUAUUGGUUAAAUGCUGCUUGCGGACUCUGCAAUGCAUUUGAUUGGUGAUGAUUCUUUGCUUUUCCCCCCCCUCAAUUCAGGCAUACGGAAUGGUGCAAGGAUAUAUAUAAAUUAACUGAACUUUCAGCUAUAUGCUUCUACCUUUUGUUUUUGUUUUUGUUUUUGAGAUGUUUUUUUACACAUUGGAUUCAUGAUCUAAGUGAUAUGUCAGUAAACCAUAUCUCAUGUAGAUGGCAGGAAUAGCCGUUUAACUGCAUAAAAUUUCUAAUGUAUUGCAAGGACCAUUGAUGACUGCCAUAGGCCAAACUGACAUUGUCUGGCAGUUUAUAUUGGACAGUAUGGUUUGAGGAUUUGGCGAAACACCAUUGUUUCCUUAAAUGUUAUAAGCUUGUCUUUUUUAUUUUAACCUA